CGUUUUUCUCUUAGGCUCUUUUAUUUUGAAAUCAGCGACCCGGAAACUUUCACGCGACACUUUUCUUCUUCUUUCCUCUUCUGCUUGUCUCCUGGACUGUCUUCGUAAUGGCUCAGGCAAUACAGAAACUCGUCGCUAAAGUUCCUACUUUAGUUGGUUCCGCUGUCACAUACUCCAAACCCCGACUGGCGACCUUCUGGUACUAUGCGCGGGUGGAGCUCGUUCCACCGACCCCCGCCGAGAUCCCCAAAGCCAUUGAGGCCGCAAAGGGCCUCCUCAAGAGCUACCAGUCUGGACGCCUGGGACAAACCACAGUAAGGGAUGCUCUGAGGAAUGGACUGGUGACCACUGAGGUGCUGAUGUGGUUCUACAUCGGAGAGUGCAUCGGCAAAGGGGGCAUCAUUGGAUAUGAUGUCUAAAUAUUGAACUAUUCUUUCUACUUUUGCACUUCUAAUUGUCACAUUCUCAACAACUUGCACCACAUUUUCAAAUAAACAGAUGUCUCUGAUA